GUGGAUCAUCAUCGGGACCCGGGUUAGGGCGCUCGAAGUGCCAGAGAGGGCUUCUGUAGCUCAACAAAUUCUCGACAUGGCAAUCUAAAUGUCCAACGAUCCAUUUUCGUAGGUCACCGGCGAUGACUUGAGCAUACCUGGAUAGGCACCAGACGGAACGCGAUCAUGACGUCCAUCUCAACUUACUUCGUGGCCAGCGCCGCACACCGUGCGCAGCGGACUUUCCCUACCGUGGCCUCGCCUGUGGGGUAUGGCCUAUAAAUUGCGUGUAAUCACUCGAGUGGAGCCCAUCGUUGCUCUACGGUUGUCCGCCCCAUUGCACCCUAUCCCGAACACUUGGAGCAGACUGCAGCAGCUCGGUGUCCUGCGUUGCUUAUCUUGCGAUAAUCUACUCCGUCAAGGCUCUGCACAAUGGGUAAACGUUCCUCUUUCCUCGCGUUUCUUGCGGGCUCGCUCCCGACCUUGACUGUCGUCGCCUCCAUGGACACGCUGAAUGGCUUCAACCAUCAGACAUCUCUAGCAUUAGGGAACGACUCCACACCUUGUCAGCAGAUCGCGGGAGCGGUCUCUUCUGCAUCCGAAGUCUACUACUCACCGGAGGCGGUGUAUGUCGCGGAUAUCCACCAUUAUGCGGUGACCAGCAUGGAUACUGCGCUCUGUUCAGUUGAUCCCGGUAGCGCGGAAGAUAUCGCUAUUAUCCUUCAAAUCCUGGGAAGCACGCGCACGCCAUUCGCGGUCAAGGGCGGUGGUCACAUGAUGAACCCAGGGUCGUCGUCCACAAUUGGAGUGCAGAUCGCCAUGUCUCGCUUCAAACAAGUGCAAUACAAUCCGGAAGCCCGAACUGUAUCCGUUGGCGGAGGGCUUCGGUGGGACGAUGUAUACGAAGCGCUUGAGCCCCUUGAAGUAAACGUCGUGGGUGGUCGUGCAACUGGUGUCGGCGUUGCAGGCUUUACCUUAGGCGGAGGCUACUCAUGGCUGACGAAUGAGCACGGUCUGACGUUCGACAAUGUCAUCGCCUACGAGAUGGUGCUGCCGAAUGGUACGAUCACAACUGUCACCGAAGCAUCUGACCCAGAUCUGUUCUUCGGAAUGAAGGGAGGCUAUAACAACUUCGGCAUCGUGACUUCAUUCGUUAUGAAGACGUACCCGCAAGGUCCUGUCUGGGGAGGCCAUGUGGUGGUCAUGGACACGGACAACAACUUGGAUGCAGUUAAUGCGGCCACGGCGAACUUCGCAGCAAAAGUUACCGAUCCUAAAGCCUCAGCUAUCAUGGCCUACAGCCAUUUGGGAGGACACACUCUAGUCGCGAUGUUGCUGUUCUACAACGGUCCUACGCCUCCUGAUGGUAUUUUCGACGAGUAUCUUGCGAUUCCAUUUGUGCAGAAGGAUGUGUCAACGCGUUCAUUCCUGUCACUGAUUCAAACAACUGCCACCGAGAAAACCGCAGGCUUUCGCGGAUACUACGCCACAGUGUCACUGCAGGCGAUAACGACCCCUGUUUUGGAAACGGUUACUAGUGAGCUGCUGAGUUGGACAGAGACUUUGGCGAACAGCAGCAUGUUCGCGCUGAGCUACGAUGUGGAGCCCUUCUUGCCGACUAUCCUGACGCACGGCAGCCCGUCCGCUUAUCCUCCGCACCGCGAGCGCGCCUACCUCCCGCUUAACCUAUGGUUCGGAUGGAGUGAUGCGGCAGACGAUCAAGUGAUGUACGACGCCAUGGUUGAAAGCGCUCAGAAAAUCACGGAUGCUGCCGUUGCGGAUGGCCAGACUGACGUUCCGCUUGCGCCUCGGUAUCCGAAUUAUGCGCUCUUUGGCACGGACCCGGCACUGAUGUAUGGCAAGUCUAUGGAGAAGCUGGUGAGACUGAAGUAUCAGUACGACCCACAGGAUGUCAUGGGGCUUGCAGGCGGCUGGAAGUUCUAGAGUAUAUAGUUGUACGUUUUUGAGAUGUCAAGUAAACCUCGCGCGGAAUUCGUAUGGUUAGAUGGCCAGAUUACCAAGAUUUACAUGCAUCAUUUUGGGUUGUAAUGUUUGACAGUAGGAGCAGCUACAGGAGCGGUUCGAUUACUAUUUCUAAUCCUUGAU